AUGUACAGCCACGAGGACGAGUCUCCUCCUACUGUGAGGUUCCCAGAGGAGAUCUGGCAGAACGUGGCCUCCCGUCUCAGCUUGCGAGACUGGGCCAGGGCAUCCGGAGCAUGCAGAACCACCUGGAACCUGCAACUGGUCAAUGUGGCCGUCACGGAUCACGUCACGGAUCACGUCAAUGUGGGCGUGUCAGGUGAGGAGCAGCUGCGGACACCAGCAGGGUGGGUGGUUGCAAGGACACUGAUGGCCGCUCAGAACACACCCAGCCAUGUGUCCCAGCUGGUGUUGGAGUUGGGUCAGCUGCAAGAAGAUGAGGGCCAUGCCACUGGCACUCAGCUGCUGAGCUACUUUGCUGCAGCUGCAAAGCGCCUGCGCAGUCAGCUUGCACGGACUAGCGCUCGGCGGGCUUUCCUUGCCGCCCAGCGCAGAGCUGCAUCUCAGUGGGUUGGAAGAAUACGCGCGCUGCCCUGUUUGGCAGACAGUGCUGCCAGCGCUGCGCACCUUCCGGUGGAGUGCAUAUUGGAUGAGACAUGGACUGCCACCGGUGCUGCAGCCAUCAAAUACACUCACUAG